AAAAAAAGUCAAGAAGUAAUAAAAACAUUAUUUGCCCACUAUUUUUUGCGAAAAAUUCAAGGUUACAUAUGCAUAAAUACGUAAUUAUGUAAAAGAAUACAGCUAUAUGUGAAUAUUAGAUAACAUAUCUGACAAUUGAUAACUUGAAAUGUUGUUGUCAGGUUUGCUCAAGCAAAAUUAUUGAGCACUCGCAUUUACUGAUGCAAUGGGUCAGAGGUGGGGGCAAGGGAUUAUUUAUUACUGUGUUCUUGAGGAAAAAUAGCAGUUUGCGUUCAGUUUUGAUAUAGCAAUGUUGCUCUACAAGUUGGCUAUUUUAUUAUUGAGUUUUACUCUCAUCAAUGGCACAGAGGAUUAUCCAAAGGUCAAAACUUCUCUUGGGUCAAUAAGAGGAUAUUAUAAAACAUCUGAAAAUGGUAGACUGUACGAAGCCUACGAAGGGAUUCCCUAUGCUCUUCCACCCAUGGAAAAAUUGAGAUUCCAAGCGCCAAAGAAGAUUCCAAGCUGGACAGGUGAAUUACAAGCAACAAAAGUUUCGGAUGCAUGCAUUCAAUAUACCCACAUGCCGGCAAACAAAGAUGAAAGAGUGGAAGGCAGCGAGGAUUGUUUGUACUUGAAUGUUUAUGUGCCGGUUUGUGAUCAAAAAGCUUCACCAAUGCCAGUUAUUUUCUGGAUUCAUGGUGGUUGUUUCCAAUUUGGCACGGGAAGUAGGUUUGGAGCCAAAUAUUUAGCUGAUAAAGAUGUUAUUUUGGUUACUAUUAAUUACCGUUUGGGACCAAUGGGAUUCCUAAGUACCGAAGACGAAAUUGUUCCUGGAAAUAUGGGAUUAAAAGAUCAAAGUAUGGCUCUACGCUGGGUGCAUGACAACAUAGAAUGGUUUGGCGGUGAUCCAAAGAAGAUAACUCUAACAGGUCUUAGUGCUGGAGGAGCUAGUGUGCACUAUCACUAUUUAACUCCACUUAGUGCUGGAUUGUUCCAAAAUGGCAUAUCUUUCAGUGGGACUGCACUGCUUUGCUGGGCACAAACAGAAAAUGCUCAGGAGAAAGCGAAAAAACUAGGAGCUCUAAUGGGCUGUCCCACAGAUAAUACAAAGGACAUGGUCGAAUGUUUGCAACAACGUCCAGCUAGACCUUUGGUUCAAGCUACGUCUGAAUUCAUGCCUUGGCUUUACAACCCUUACACGCCAUUUGGACCAGUGGUGGAAAAGGUUGAAAAAGAUUAUUUCAUAAACAAACCACCAGUCGAGAUCAUUGCUAGUGGAAAUGCCCAAGAUGUCCCUUGGAUUACAGGAGUUGUGAGCGAAGAAGGUCUUUAUCCUGUUGCUGAAUUCAUAGCACAAGAACACCAUAUGAAAUACCUAGAUGAAAACUGGAAUGAAGUGGCAAAGUAUUUGCUUGAUUACAAUUAUACAUUGCCUAGUGACAAACAUGCUAAAGUAGCAAGUAAAAUCAAAAAGCAUUACUAUGGACCAAACCCUAUUGAUACCCAAAACGUUAGGCCAUUGACUUUGAUGGUUGGUGAUCGUUUGUUUGUCACUGAUGCCGAGAAAGCAGCAAGACUACAAGCUAAAGCAAACAAAAGCCCAGUAUGGUUUUAUUACUUCAGUUACAGAGCUGCUGACAGCUUAAGUGAUGUCUUGAGUGGAACAAAACAAGAUUUUGGGGUGAGCCAUGGGGAUGAUGUUUGUCUUGUGUUAGAUACGCCUUACAUCAACCCAAGGACGACAGAGCAAGAUAAGGCAAUGCAAAAAGAUCUACUAAACUUUUGGGUUUCAGUAGCAAUUAAUGGCAAACCUGAUUUUGGAGUUGAGUGGCCUAAAGUUGAUUGGGAGAAAAAGAAACUGAACUACUUACACGUAUCAGGGCCAAAAAACUGCAAAAUGGAGACCAAUGACAACUUGGGACAGAAAAAGUUUUGGAAAAAGAUAAAGUUCAACGAAAACAUACUGAAAAAAAAACCCCAAGCUCCCAAGGAGGAGCUGUGAACAUUUUCAAGCCAUCAAUGCACUAGCAGACUCAUCCUCAUGACGCUGUCAAGCCAAUGAAAAAUUGCCUCUGUAAAGUAAAAUAAAAGAAAAUAACUGUAACUAA